GCGUGUUACUCAUAGAGGUAUAUUCUCGUUGUGCCAAGUGACGCGGGGAAUCUUUCCUAAUCCGGAUCAUGGCCCUGCUAUCGAACCAUCACUGCAAUUAUCAGAACACACAAUCCGACAUGUUAACACCCGCAUACCCGAAUUCGUCGAGGAGCUACGACCCCCUGUAUCCGUCGCCGUACAACUCCCCGAGCUACGAGCCCACGAGGAUCACGUAUCGAGACAAUUGUGCGCACGAGAGUGAGCUCUGCACGCCGCGGAGAGACGCCGAGACGUUGGAUUACGCCAAGGACAUGGUGUUGGAGUACACAAAGACCCCGGAGGGAUACGACCGAGGACCCUACGGGGUCCUGACGCCCGUCACACCGCAAAGAUACGAGCAGCCGCAUUCGAUGGAUCAGACCGCAUCACCGCGCUCGACGUUGUACGAGGAAAGCUCGGUCGACUACCAGCCGCCGUCGUACUGCUACGAGACGCCUCCUCAGGAACCGAGAUAUCAACCCCUGGAGAACGGCAAGCCGAUCCUCACGAUUGUCGAGCCUCGCACCAAUUGUUGGGAGCCCAUCAUCUCGACGCAGAGAAUGUCGACGACGCCGCCUGUGAGUCCGCGGAAGGGCAGGCGGAGAUCCCGCGACGUGCCACCGUCGCCGACGGUGCUGAAGCGUCGACGCCUCGCUGCGAACGCGCGCGAACGACGUCGCAUGAACGGCCUGAACGACGCCUUCGACAAGCUGCGCGAGGUCGUGCCGAGCCUCGGUACUGAUCACAAACUCAGCAAGUUCGAGACCCUGCAGAUGGCACAGAGCUACAUAGCCGCCCUGUGCGAUCUUCUACAGAGACACGACAGCAAGAGAUAGAUCCCGAUAAAAGCAAGUAGUAUAUGUGCACACAAUUCAUUCUUUGCCCUGGCACCGUUUCUUUCGAGACGCAGUCACCUGAUCACCGGAUACGGUAAAUCCUGCGGUGUAACAAUGGCCUUUAAUCGCAAUUCCUUUUUAGAAGAAUUCAUCUAAAUACAGUUUCAAUGAUUUCGACGAAAUUACUUUUCUCAAGCUUUAACCCUUUGCUGCAUAGUGUUACUCUGAUGGCAUUACCUAUCGUCCAAGUUUCUUUUUUCAAUCAAUCAAAUUUUUCACGUAUUCCUUUAGCAUGUUUAGUAUUGCCGGACCGCUGAAAGGUUCCUCUAACUAAUAAAUCAACUUUUAGAGCUUUAUCUUAAAUAAAUAAUUACCCUAGUAGCACACUGCGUGGGC